AGCUGCAGGACAGAGCCACUGACAGGGCGAACUGGUCAGGUGGCCACAGCAGAAGGAAGAGGCCUGCCUUUUCCAAACCGGGAUCUAAUUUCCGGACUUGAGGUGGCCUGGUGCUUUGCUCAGGGUGAUUCGUCAGCCCUGUGGAAGGGCUAUCUGCAUGAUGCCCCUCCUGAAGCCACCUGUGACUUCCCCUUGAGAUUUCAUUGGUGAGAAGAGUGCGUUUGACACCUGUUUUGGGGUGCAUCCUGGCUGCGGCUCACUGCAGGAACUUUCCAGUGAGAACCAUAUUCAGCACCUCCUGCACAGCAUUGAUCAUUUCCACUGCCUAGGGUUCUGUGGGACUCUGUGCUCCUGGCUGACCCUCAAUCCGAACAAAACCACGGGCCCAGAGAGUCUGUCAGCUCUACCCUUUUCAAGUCUCCUGAGUCUUCUGCCUCUAACUAGGUGCUUUUCAGGACUGCAGGAAUUAGACAGAAGAAACCUUUAGCCACUUUUGAGCAGAAGGGACCAGAAGGUCUAGGAGGAAGUGGAGCAGGAGAGAGGCCAUCCUGGGGAGGCGCAAGCUGUCUCCAAGGGCCCAGCUGUCACCAGCCCAACCUGGCCCUGGUGUCAGAAUCACACCCAGAAGAGGCUGGCCUGUCACGUGCCCAGCACCCCAACAUUCCUGCUGCUUUCGCUGUGCUCUAACCUGACUGGAGUCUCAGGGGAAGCAGAGCUCGGACUCACAGCAGCUGGGAGCCUGGAAAAAGCAGAGGUUGGAAGCUGCAGCCUGAGGAGGUCAGGGCCUGGGAGGGGACCUGCAGCCAGAAGAGUGAACACAGGGACCUGAACAGAGACCGGUGGAGGUCGCGGGAACUCUGUUUCUUGCCUGCAUCACACCGGGAAAGCUAGAAGCGACCCCUCUAGGUGGUGCCGCGAGCCAGCGUCCUGGGCGGCGUCUCGUCCUGCGGGUCGAGGACCCCCACCCCCAGCAAACGUGCCCUCUCCACCAGGCGCUGUGGGCGGAGCCAGGCCAGGUGUCCCGGAUGAUCCCAGAGCUGAAGCAACAUGGCUGAUGGCAGGGCCAAGCCUGCCAAAGCUACCAACAGGACACCCCCCAAAUCCCCAGGGGACCCCGCAAAAGACAAGGCAGCCAAGAGGUUGUCACAGGAGUCAGAUGCUGCCAGCGAGGGGGCAGCUGCAGCCCUGGAGCUCAGUGCCCUAGAGGAGGCCUUCCGGCGCUUCGCAGUGCAUGGGGACACGCGUGCCACAGGGCGGGAGAUGCAUGGCAAGAACUGGUCGAAGCUGUGCCGGGACUGCCACGUGAUCGAUGGGAAGAACGUGACUGUCACUGACGUGGACAUCGUGUUCAGCAAGAUCAAGGGGAAGUCCUGCCGCACCAUCACCUUUGAGCAGUUCCAGGAGGCGCUUGAGGAGCUGGCUACAAAGCGCUUCAAGGACAAGAGCAAAGAGGAGGCUGUGCGUGAGGUGCACCAGCUCAUUGAGGGCCGGGCGCCAGUCAUCUCGGGGGUCACGAAAGCUGUGUCCUCACCCACUGUGUCGCGGCUCACAGACACAACCAAGUUCACUGGCUCCCACAAGGAGCGCUUUGACCCAUCUGGCAAGGGCAAAGGCAAGGCCGGCCGCGUGGACCUGGUGGAUGAGUCGGGCUAUGUGCCCGGCUACAAGCACGCAGGCACCUACGACCAGAAGGUGCAGGGGACCAAGUAGCCCUGCACUGGUGCAGUGGACACUGCAGGUGCCAGCCGGAAACUCACACGUAUCACACUUCAUUACAUUCCUGUGCUCACCAGGCAGAACUCAGAGGGAGCUGUGGCCAGGCGACUGGGGCCAUCCCCAGGCCUCCUGUGAGGGCACCCUGCACUUCUCUCAGACCUCACCCUUCCUUGCGCACCUGCAGUUUUCAAACUGUUUCCCAGGAUCUUGCCUCACUGGCCACCGGGCUUGCAGGUGAAAGGGAUUGUGGGAGCUAGUGUGGGACAAGUAGGCAGAUCCCAUCAGAGGCCACACUGAGCCUAGCAGCAGAAACUGUCCAGGGACCCAGGGCAGCAGGAGCUGAUGAACCCACAGCACUGAUUAGACUGAGCUCUCAGGAUGUGGGUGUGUCUGAGCUUGGGACAGCUUUCAUUGAUCGGCGCCACAGGGCCCUUUGUGCUUUCUGAGCAGUGGGCUCAGCCAGGUCUCCUGGCAGACAUGGGCAGCAGAUCAUGCAGGUACACACAUACGUGUGCCCAGGGUCCAGGUCCAUGCCGAGGGACAAGGGAAAGCUCCUUGGCGGACCAGGACGGUUUUCUGUUUGCUUUUGUAACUGACAAGAAAUGGUGACCACAUGCCUAUUCUCAGAUUAGGGAGAUUCAAAAUGUGCCCUCCCUACCUGUCCCCAUGUCCCCUCGUGGGGAGACACACAAUGCUGAAUCACUCUUGCAGGGUGUGCGGAGCUGUACCUGCCACAGCCUGUGCUGUUGCCUACUGAACUUGGCCUUCCUCAGCCACUGCCUGUGCCCUCUGGAAGUCCGUGUCCCUCACCUGUUUCAUGCCACCUACAGGGCAACAAGCCAGGCAGUAGAAUUAGCCCAGUGAGGACACCUAUGCCCACAAACCUUCCAUGCACAGUGGGCCUCUGCUCAUCUACCCUGCAGGGGCAACUUGAGCAGCCUGCCUUCAGCACUGCACCUCCAUGAUGGCCAAGUGGUCCUCUAUCCCAAGGAGGCCAUGGUAUGGGCCACCCACGGUUACAGCUGCCAUGGUCCUGCUCUUGACCUGUAUGGCUGUUGCUCUGGAGAAGGCCCACGUGGCCUCAGAAAUGACUCAUAGAAGUUGGUCUGCUCUCAGCUGGUCUCACUCCACCUAGGCAGAUAGCUGCUAAAGGUAGCCACCAUCUUUCUGGACAUGGGGCUGCCCCACAGCACAGGCAGGAGCAGGCCCUUCCUUACUGCCACAGCAUGCAACAUGCCUGCUAGCCCAAGUAUGCUUGGUCACAAGUGCAGCUCCAUGGAAGGCUGCCCACUAGCCCACUGAGUGAAGCACCUUCCUGAGGGCACAGGCCCCUCCAGAAAGGGACUAUCUGGAAAGGGAAUGGCCCUGCGGGCAGGCAGCUUCCCUUGGAGGCUGGGAGUUCAUGGUGCCUCCGAGUCAUGGCUCUCAGGCCGAUGUCAGCUUACUGGGUUGGGGAGAUAGGUGGGGCGAAGGCCCCGGGCUGUGCUCCUCAGUGAUCCAGGCUAGACUUCUGUGUGAAAGCUAGAGGCAAACGUGAUGCAUGGGCAACAUUUGAAACCCUGAAGGUGCGGUGUUUAAUCUCAUCAAAACCCUUUGGGUUCAAGUGCCAGUGACCUUCACUAGGGGUCGCUAACAGGGUCCCAAUCCUCUCUACCCCACACCCUGAUGACACCUGCCCUCUGGCACCAUGGUCCCCACAAGUCCUACUGUGGCCAGCAUCUCUCAGCCGGAGGCUCCUGUUCUCCUUUUCUUCUGCCUGUCCACCCCCACCAGAUCCCUCCAACACAGCAAGUCACACAUGCCUGGGUCAGGACAGUGUUGGGAGCCCCAUGCCUUGCAGCAGAUACAGUUGCACCCGUGGAAGCAAGGUGCUGGGGCACCAGCCUGUCUCCUGCUCAGUGGGGUCAUUGGGCAAGGAGUGAUCUCCAAAUGAGGACCUAGACCACAUCUACUGUGCUGCCUGGGAGGACAGUGGAAAGUCGGAUCUAAGCAAAAGAACACAAGUGCCCUUCCUCUCAUGGGGAGGAGGUCCUAUCAGACUGGUCACCUGGUCCCUGUGGUCAGCACCUCAUAAUGUACUCAUAAAGCUGAGUGGCUGGUCCACAGGUCCUGGGUCCUGGUCCCAUCUCAGGUGAGCUCCUGGACAAGGAAGGAGUCUUCACUUCUAGAGAAUUUCAAGAAUGUAUUCCUGAUGACUGUGACAGGCCUCUCAGUUUUAUGAUGAAAAUCAAGUUGCUCUGCCUUAGCGGCCCUCCCAUCUCAGCCCAGAGCCUGAGUGCCCUUGGGCUCCUGGAAGGAGAGCCCCCAGCCCAGGCUCUCCCACCACAUGACACUCGGGUAGCAUCACGUGCAUGUGUCAGGCAGUCUCCCUGUGUCCCUUCCCUGUCCCCAAUAGGUCCCAAGCUUUCCUCAGAGACAGGCUUAGGUGAGGCCAGCAUCCACCAAGUCAGUUUCAAAGUGUAGCUGUGAAAACAUACUCCAUUUCCAUCACUUGGCAAGGGAGUGGUAGUAAAAAUUAAAUUGUGAAGACUUAGUGGUCACCAUACUGUCAGUUUCAAUUGUAGGAUUCACCAUGGCAUCUGUGCGUAUCCGCUGAACAGGAAUCUGUGUGGACUCCCAGCUCCACCACACAGACACGUGCAUUUUCCUCAGUCCAUGAAUAUUACCAACACACAGGCAGGGUGUGUGUUAGAUGUUUGUCAUACCAAUCAGCUUCUAACAUGGUUCAAGAGUUAAAUGUAAGAGAAACUGCAGGGCAUGCAACCUGACAAAGGAACACCUUCCGUUAGGAGGUGACACUUCGGAGCAGGGACAGAUUGUAGAAUCAACACCCAGGAGACAGGGACAGAUUGUAGAGGGGUUGAGGGAACAAUGUAGAUGGUGUCUAAACAUCAAGGAGGUUGGAAAGCACUGGAGAACAUGAUCCUAGUAGAAUAUUUAUUAAUGCUAUAGUAUAAGCAACUAGUUAAGUGGUUGAUAACUUA